CCCCUGUCAGAAAGUAUGCGUCCCUUCAGACCUUACGUCAGCCCGGACUCUUUAACAGGCUGUCAGCGCGGCUCCGGACGCAGACUCGAGGUGCGCGGAGAUGUCGGCGAGGGGACGAGGAUGUAGCUCACCUGCGGACUGCUGCGUGUGGUGCGUUUAAAGACCCCCCACCACCCCCCGAACUCACUUCUGGAUUCAAUGCAUGUGCGGUUCCUCACCAGUGAUGAGUUGGCUCCUGUUGUGGAUUCUAACAGCAGCUGGGAUUCAACAGGCCUACUCCCUGAAUUCCACUGCCAUGCCGCCCACCACAGCCGCCGUGUCCCCGACCGCAGACUCGUACAACCGCACGCAGUUCUGCAAGUGGCCCUGCGAGUGUCCCGAGGCCGCCCCCAAGUGCCCGCCGGGUGUGAGCCUCCUCAUGGACGGCUGCGACUGCUGCAAGACCUGCGCCCGGCAGGUGGGCGAGGUGUGCAACGAGGCGGACACGUGCGACUACCACAAGGGACUGUACUGCGACUACAGCUCGGACAAGCCUAGGUACGAAAAAGGAGUGUGUGCAUAUAUGGUGGGAACCGGCUGCGAGCACGACGGCGUGAUCUACCGUAACGGCCAGAGCUUCAAGCCCAGCUGCAAAUACCAGUGCGUGUGCGUGAACGGUGCCAUCGGCUGCGUGGCGCUGUGCACCGAGUCCCAGCCUCCCCGAGUGUGGUGCCAAACCCCACGCCGGGUCAAAGUCCGGGGAAUGUGCUGCGAGCAGUGGAUCUGUGACGAACCCAAGAGGGGGCGCAAGACAGCGCCGCGACAUGCAGUAGAGGCCUACCCAGCUGAGACCAGGAGCUGGCACAAGAACUGCAUCACCCAGACUACCUCAUGGAGCCCCUGCUCUAAGACGUGUGGCCGCGGCCUGUCCAUGAGGAUCUCCAACGCCAACGAACAGUGUGAGCUGGUCAAAGAGUCCCGUCUCUGCAACCUGCGGCCAUGCGAGGUCGACAUCACCAAACACAUCAAGCCUGGAAAGAAAUGUCUGAACAUCUACAGGGAAGAUCAGCCCUCCAACCUCACCAUCUCCGGCUGCACCAGCAAGAAGCAGUACCGGCCCAAAUACUGCGGAGUCUGCACCGACGAGCGCUGCUGCAUCCCCUACAAGUCCAAGACCAUCGACGUGGAGUUCGAGUGCCCUAAUGGGACGGGAUUCACCUGGAAGAUGAUGUGGGUUCAGGCCUGCUUCUGCAACCUCAGCUGCAAGAACCCUAAUGACAUAUUCGCCGAGUUGGAGAGUUACUACGGUUACCCCGAGGUGGUGAACUGAGCAGUGACGUGUGCUCUCAUCCUACCUUUUUCCUGACUUCUUAUUUCUUACGUUUUGUAUUUGUAAUGAUUAUGUACAAGGUAUUUUUCUUACGGCCUUUUUUCCUAUUGGAAAAAUCUGUAAAUAUGAAAUAUGUAUGUGUCUCCGGAAUGGAUUCAUAAAGCGUGGGGUGCUUUUUAAAAGAACUCUUUGCAAAUGAAAAUUUUCAAACAGAGCAUGUGAAAUAUUGAAGGUUUAAUUUAUUUAUGUGGCUUUUUUUUUUUGCAUAUGUAGUAACAUAUGCGAUGGGAUGCUCAACGUUGCCUGUCUUCGAACUCUACAUAGAUUAUACUUGUGGGUAUGCAGCUCAUUAAAUUUUCUUCAUGAUGAAAGUUUAAAAAAAAAUAGGGAUGGACUCAGACGCCAAAGACAAAGCCUCGUUUUUAGGAUUCCAUCUUUAAAUAUGCAAGAAUGACACAAUCAGGGAAGAUCUGUUACAAGUUGUUUGUUUUUUUUAUUGUCAUUUUUUUAAUAAAUACAAACUGUUAUGUCAUUUUAAUGCUUUUCUACAGCAUUAGACGGUUGUGCAUCGCAUCUUUACAAAGCUGUGUGUAUGUGUUCUACAAAGUAAAAUGUUGCUGUAGUGCAAGUAAAAUACAGGAGUAGAAGGUGUCGGGUAAGUUCUAUGGCUAUCCUCAUGUUAACAUGUGGACCUAUCUCUUCACUCACCCAAAUAAAAUCCACAACCACAUAGGAGCAUCACGUCUAUAAAGUCAACAAUUCCAUGGCACGUUUUUUGUUUUUUUUGUUCCUUUGUGCUUUGAUUGCAUAGAAAUCAUCAUUUAAAAAAAAAAAGAAGAGGAAAGAAACGUUUAUGUCUGAAGUUAUGAUCCAUUAAUAAAGCAUAUAAUGUAAAAGCUUUCGAAUUUGUAUCUCAGAGUGUUUUGAUUAAUGACGAAGCGUAGUCUCAGUGGAAUGUACUAAAAAUUUAUUCCCGAAACGAUGUAUUAAAAAUUUCAUCUGUGAGCUGAUAUAGCAAAUGGUUUCACUAACAGACAAACUAAAAAAAAAAAAAUGGACGCAAGACGCAGGAUGAAACAUUAUUCGCUGUAUAUACACGAUAUACUUGAAGUUUGUCCCUUAAUUUUCAAAGUUACAAAUGCAAUUAUUCAUCCGAGUGCCUCCACAUUCUCUUUCCAAGUCUACAAAUCUGCUCCUACGUACAAACGACAACACUUCAGACAUGGAGAAAGAAAAAAAA